AUGGCUAUCCAGAUCCCAGAUGCGGACAUUUUGCAAUGCCGUUUGACGCCAAUACUUUCCGAUUAUGCUAAGGAGAAGUGGAUGCCUAUGCUCAUUAAGAUCGCCGGGGAACAAAAGGACCCACUAGGAAUUUUAAUACAUAUUCAACUUUCCGCGAACGACGUUUUAGAGGGACUGCCACCGAUUAUAUCCAAUCUCCCAGGUCACGAGUUUAUAGUAACAAAACCGCUUUUUGCUGCCUUCUUCCCCGACGAGAAGACCGGACAAGAAGAAUGGGAGAAAUUACCACCAACAGUCAAGGGUGAAGCCAUGUGA